GAGCGCGACAAUCCACGCUCCUUCCGCCUCCCCCUUCCCCGUGGCUCUCAGGGGCCUUAGGAUCUUGGGCAAGUCCCCUAGCUGUCCGUGCCUCAGUUUCCUGCCUUGUUAAAAGCCCAGGGCCGCCUUGGGGCCUUGCCUGUUGUGCCCUUCGCUCUCUUAUCUAUACCUCCCCUCCCCCCUCCCCUCUCCUCAGCGCCCCGUGAGGAAAAAUAAGGCCGAGUAAAGGGACGCAGCGGGGGGCCGAAGGGUCGGGGGCCUGGGCGGGCCUCCCGGGGCGGCGCUGGAGACGCCGGAAGCGAGCCCCCCGAGGGGGGCAUUCGCUCCCUUCCCGGGAAAGCCCCGGGCCUUGGGCCGUCGGGCGGCGCGUCCCACAUCCUCUUUCGAUGCCCUUGUGACCGGCCCACGCACGUCCCCCACUGGGCUGGCCCGCAAAGGGGAAGAGCUCGGGGUCAGGGCCGUCCCUGGCAGCGCUCAAGAAAAGGCGGCCAGUCCUCGAGCGGCGCUCUGUGUGCUGGGCACCCCGGAGCCUGGCCAGCCUCAGUCCUCCGGCCCUGUCCCCGGGAGGGUACCCCGGAACGCUUAGAGAUCGCAGCCUGGGAGCGGAGCCGAGAGGAGAGGAAAGGGAGGGAACAGGGUUAUACUGCACUCUGCUGGUUAGCAGGCUUACUGGGACAAAAUGCUUGCAGAAGCCUUCCUACCUGGCCUUCUGUACCAAGAACACACUAAGCCACACCAAGCACACACAUGUAAGCAGAACCCCAAGGAGGAAAAGGAAACUUGGACAAACCAUCUCCUGGAGAGUGAAGAUGUUAAGCUUCCCUCCACUGAAACGAAAAGGCUGGACAGAGGUUGGCCUGCAAGCUGCCCAGAGCACGGUCAAGACACAUGCUUGCAGCGAUCGGCAGAUGGGGCGGCUGUGCCGGGUCAGCAGGGUGCAGCCCUCCAGGGUAAUGCAUCUGCAGCUUGGCAGAUCCCCCAGAGAGCCCCGCUGGAAGAAAAUGAGCUGGAUCUGUAUCGCUCAUGGUCCUGCAGCAGCAUCUGCCAGAAUUAUCCUGACCUCCAUAUUGGGGGGAAUCGUGUGGGGCAUGCUUAUGAUUCUGGUUGUUUCAUGGACCAUGUCCAUGAUGAGACUUUCACUGGGCCUCUGCUUCUCUCAGAGGACAUCCCACUGGGCCAUUCUCCCAUCCCCAGCAGGCCGCCCCCUGUGGCAUACAAAUUCCUGCCUGGGGAUGAGGUCCGAGAAAGAAGCAUCCUUUUCCAUGAGCAGCCCCUCUCCAACUCAGUGCUUAAUAGCUAUGUGGAAAAGAAGGUGGAUGAGCUCUACAAGCAAGUUUUCGAAGAGAACUUGACCCGAUGCCGCUCUGUGACCAGCCUUGUGGCUUCCAAUCUACUGAUGGACAACUUGAAUCACAUCAGCCUUCAGAUCUCACAAGAACAAAACAUUGAGGUGUCCCGAGCUCGAGAGGCCAUCUUACAGUCUAUGGCCUUGCGCAGCCUGUACUAUGCUUCCAAGGGAAACAGCUCGGAGCUCAGCACUCCCAACCUUCAGAUCUCCAGUCAGACAAAGUGGGAGAAGUUGCCAAAGGUGUAGACGAUACCCUUUGGGCUGCUGCUGGGGCAGAACAUUGACUGCCCCAGUAGCUGUUUUAAUUCAACGAUGGGGGAGGAGACAUUGUUGCAUGUGGGGAGAUGUUUCUGGAGAGCUCAAAGGGUCACAUCAACCCUGGUGCAGUGGAAAGGUGCUGAAUUCAGCUUUUUUGGACUCACUUUCCAAUCGUGGCACUACCAUUGCCUACUACCAUUGUGACAGGAAUGCCAAAUUGCAGAAUCGUGAAGCCAAAAAGGACCUUUGAAGGGUGUAGUACAAACCAUAAGCAAAAAACCCAUAAUCCUUACUGUACCAUACCCAACAAAGGGUCAUCUAGCAUCUUUGUGAAGCUCUCUUGGGAGAGAAGAACCUCCUACUUCUAGAGGCAGCCCAUUGCAAUUAUGGAAACCUUUCAUUCCAUCACACCUGGAUUUACCCCUUUGCACUUUGUGCUUGAUGUUUCUCGUUUUGCAUUCUGGGGCCAAACUGAACAAGUCAGAUCUCUUUUCUUAAUAACAGUUCUUUGAAUACUUGAAGGUAGCAAUCAUGUUUUCCCCACAGUCUUGUCUUCUCCAAACUAAACAUUCCUAUUUCCUUUAACUGAUUUUCACAUGGCAGAGACUCAAGGCCUCUUGUUCACCACUAGGGUAUGUUACAAAGGGGAGUCUUUGUCUGGUAUGAAUUGGAUUGGAUGGUCAUUGGAUCCCCUUCCAACUCUGAGAUCCUAUGAGUCUGUAAUUCUGUGAAAUUGCUGUCUCUCUUUGGGCAUCAGUUUCCUUCUAUGUAAAAUAAAAGUUUGAAUUUGAUAGCCUUGAAGGUCCCUUCAAACUCUUAGUUCCUGGUCCUGGGUCUGGAGAGCAAGUACCAUUAACCUUGUUUUACACAUGAGGAAAGUAAGGCCUAAGAGAGUUUAAGUGACUUGCCCGAGGUAACUUUUCAAGGAAACAGAGCUGGGACUCUGCCAGUACUACAGGAUAGCUACAGGAUAGCUAUAUGGGUUGAACCCCCCCUUUAAAUGAUGAUAGUGUGAUAGAAGUAACUUUGAGAUGCUCAAUUGUUUUUUGUUUCAAAGGAUGCCUGCUUCAUUUACUCCCAUACUUCCCCCUUGCCUCUGCCUUCCCAUUGGCAGCUUUGUUUGCUACUGCAAUAAGGGGAGCCUGGGCAGCUCAGACAGCCAGAGGCAGAGCCAGGGUCAGCACAUCCGCUUAGCAGUUCUGCACUGAAGGAUGCCAAGGGAUGGGACAACAUUUACUCUUGAGAGUGGGCUACUGAGGGGAGCAGAACUUCACAGACCAGAAGCUUCACCAGCAGGCUGUUCACUAAGUUAGGGUUUUGCCCCUCUCUGAUUUAGGUCUUAGCCACAGUGAUUGAAACAUUAGCCUGUGAAUGCCCCCAAGGACUUUUGGAAUUUGGUGAAGCUGGGCCUCCAACAGUAGAGGUCCACAGAUGACCAAUAGUGGUUCCUCACCAGCUUGUCCUCCAGGUUCCCCAGCCAGAUAGGACUUGGCCAUGCUA